AGGGAGAGAAAGUUAAUAUCAGAGCGCUGAAUGAAACUCUGAGGAGUGUUGAACUUCGUUUGAGACCUUCAUCUAUUACCUUUAUUGGGAUUUUCUACAUAAAACACGACUGAAUUGUUAAGGAACACACUUAAGGACGCAUUCUUCUGGGUUUGUUUGGUGGAUGGUGACGCGGAACUAGAGUUAACAUGAGUUCUGCCGCGGUGUAUGAACAUGGAGACAAAGAUCGCCAUGAGCGAGUGUCCUUCAUGACGAAUGAAGAGAAGAAAACUGCAUCAAAGCGGAAGACUGGCAUCAUCGUGGGGGUUAUUUUUGCCUUGCUGGUGGUGUCUGCUGUGGUCGGAUUUCUCGUCUGGCUCUUUGUUGUGAGGACCAAAGAACUAGAAACCCAGGCGGACAUGGGGAAAAUAAGCCCAUCCAAGCGGGUUUACAGCGGACAAAUUCGACUGCUCAAACCGCAGUACAGCCCAGCGUUUGACAAUCCCGAUAGCCCUGAAUUCCAACUGGUGGCGAAGGAUUUGGAGGAAAUUAUGAAUGACACAUUCAAUAAAGACCCGUUCCUUUCCAAAUAUUUUACAAAGUCGGUCAUCUCCGCUUUCAGUGAUGGAUUGAUGGCCUAUCACUGGACCCAGUUUGACAUUCCUGAGACAGAACAGGAGGUCGAACUGGAGUUGACAGAAGACCGGGUGGUCGAGGCCCUGAGGAGGUCCAUCCGUGCAGAGCGCAGUCGCACAGGAACCAUCGCGGUCACAGACAAAGACAUCACUGCUUCCAAAACGGACCCUCGGAUGGCCAGGGACCCCAGAUCCAAGAAAUGUUUCUACAGUCUUGAGGCAGACACCACCGAAAAAGACUUUGCGUCUCCUGACCACCCCAGUAAAUACCCGGCCUUCUCCCGGUGCCAGUGGCAGAUCAGGGCUCCUCAGAACCACGCCAUCAUCGUCAAAUUCAAGAGCUUCCACGUGGAGGACGACUGCAUCACUGACUACGUGGCUAUCUACAAUUCUCUCAGUCCUGACAGCAGUCAGGUCAUCACAAAACAGUGUGGACUUCGACCACCUACAAAUCCUCUCGAGGUGGUUUCUUCUGGAAACAUCAUGCUCAUCAACCUGGUGACAGAUGUUGUCCGGAGACCAGGAUUCAAAGGGGUUUACAAAGCCAUUCCUGCUUUUACUGCUGGAAGCUGUGACAAAUCUCUGAGUAGUCCCACAGGAGACCUCUCAUCUCCUUAUUUUCCUAGUUUCUAUCCUCCCUUAGUGGAUUGCAUCUGGAACAUCAAUAUUCCUCCGGGCAAGAAGAUAAAGAUUGAGUUCAACAUGUUUCGGGUGAAAGAACCAAUGGUUGAUGUUAACCAUUGUCACAAAGAUUAUGUGGAGGUGGAGGGUAAAAGGUUUUGUGGGGAGAAGGCUAAACAUGUUCUGUCUAGCUUCAGCAACACAUUACAAGUGAAGUUCCAUUCAGAUGAAUCUUACACGGAUAAAGGAUUCAGGGCCACUUAUACCGUCUAUGACCCUGUCAACCCUUGCCCCGGUCAGUUUGCCUGUUCCUCGUCCCUUUGCAUCAGGAAUGAGCUUAGGUGUGACGGCUGGAAUAACUGCGGCGACAUGAGUGAUGAGAAAAACUGCAAAUGUGCUGAUGACCAGUUUUCCUGUAGUAAUGGCCUGUGCAGACCUCAAUACUUUGUUUGUGACCGAGUAAAUGACUGCGGUGAUAACAGCGAUGAGCUGCAUUGUGACUGUGGCCGGGGUGAGGUGCGGUGCGGCGACGGCACAUGUGUCCCGCAGGAAGUGAUUUGCGAUGGGAAGAGUGAUUGUGCUGAUAGCAGUGAUGAGGUCUCCUGCAAAGGAUCUGCCGGUAUUUGCACUGACUUUUCCUUCAAGUGUAAAAACAAAGAGUGUAUAAACAAAGUGAAUGCGGAAUGUGACCGUGAGAAUGACUGCGCUGACGGGUCAGAUGAGCAGGGAUGCGAUUGCGGAGUCCGGCCAUACAAGCACAACCGUAUUGUGGGUGGGCAGAACGCAGACGUGGGUGAGUGGCCGUGGCAGGUUAGUCUGCACUUUAAGACCGAUGGACACGUUUGCGGCGCUUCCAUCAUCUCCAACAAAUGGCUCCUGUCCGCUGCCCACUGUUUCAUCCAACCUAAUUCUCCUGACCACAAAGACCCGUCUUACUGGAAGACAUUCAGCGGUUUGCGAGACCAGUUCAACCCCGACCGCACCGCUGUCCAGGAGCGUGAUCUAAAGACCAUCAUCACCCAUCCAAACUACGACCACAUGACCUACGAUUAUGACAUCUCACUGCUGGAACUGAGUCGGCCGUUGAACUUCACCAACACCGUGCAUCCCAUCUGCCUGCCGGCACCCUCUCACGUUUUCUCGGCUGGCAGCACCUGCUUCGUUACGGGCUGGGGAACGCUCCGAGAGGGAGGGAGUGUUGCACAAAUUCUGCAGAAGGCAGAUGUAAAGGUUAUUAACGAUACUAUAUGCAACAUGGUGACCGAAGGUCAGGUGACCUCAAGGAUGAUGUGCAGUGGCUACCUCGGUGGAGGCGUUGACGCUUGUCAGGGAGACUCGGGCGGUCCUCUUGCAUGUCGAUCCGAUGUCGGCAAAUGGUUCCAGGCUGGGAUCGUGAGCUGGGGAGAGGGAUGCGCUCGGAAAAACAAGCCUGGGGUCUACACACGGGUCACCAAACUGCGAGACUGGAUCCGUGACAUCACGUCAGUAUAGCGGACAGUGGAACUAUGAUGACAACCAACGCAGAAGAACUGAAACGUUCCAACAGCUUGAAUAUAUGGUACAUAACUCUCAUGCACCAGCAAUGAGUGAAUACACCUUUGGCCGAACUCUCAAAGCACAAUAACUGACUCAAAAAUGCGUGGACGUAUGCCUCUAAGGUCGAAAUUUUUUAUACUUGUACAAGUAUCAUUCUUGUAUAUAUACAGUACACUACAACGUAGAUGACAUAUUGUGUCAUUUAAUAAGGUCACCGGUUUCGUGCCACCACUUUUGGAGAUCAUGCUGUUAUUUUUGUGAAUUUUGUUGUUUUAAAGACUCUUACAUUUGCCAAAUAUAUUGUGCCUUAAACUCUGGAUUGUCGCUGACGUUGGAACCAGCUCCAGUCCUAAGUCUUUUCUUUCUUGUGAGGUGAAAAGCUUCUUUGCAAUCUAGAAAUCUCUGGAAGCAUCCCACCUGUGUUGACCUUUUUCUUACAUCUGCACGAUCUUGGGACCUCAGUGCAGAAACUCUGAAAUGGAGGAUUAGGUAAAAAUGGGAUAUUUCCAUCAUCCAUUUGCCAAUACAACCAGGGCCAACGUAGGUCAGUCACUUCGGCUGCAUGUUAACGUUCCAGUCAAUCAAAGUCAAAGCCUUUGCCUGAAGCUACCUAGCAGGAUGUCUCUCCAUCAAAGAAGGCCAAAUGUAUUGAGGAAUCUUUACUGCCAUUUCAUCUUAGAUGUGGAAAUAUCCUUUUCAAAGUCCACUUGCUUGGUGAGAUUGGUUUGUAGUGUGUUGACUAAAUUUACAGGGCGGUAUGAAAGGCGUACGAUGUAUUUUAAGAGAUGUCAGGUUGUAGAUGUUGUUUAUGCACUUGAUGUUUUAAAAUCAUGAUUACUGAUUUGACCCAUUAUGGCCCUUUAUAAUGGGCCUUUUAAAAUUGUGAAAAUCUUAACUUUAAGCUGUAAUGAUUGUGUAUGGCAGCAUUUGAGUGAAAUGUUUGGGUGACUUAUGUUUGUAAAUAGAUUUCUGUUGAUUUAGAAGAUCAAUUGUCUGUUGGUCUUUUUGUAACACCGUGUUAAACGUUUUAAUGUAUUCGGUUUGGAGUUUACGAUGUUACAAUGUUUUCUUUGCAAUAAAAUACAUGCAGAUUUUAAA